AUAAAAUACACAAAAUUAAGCUGACCCAUUGAAAUUCCACCAAAAUGCUUCUCCUAACACUUAUUCUAAGUGCCACAACUUUGCAAUUCACUUCAGCGGCUUCAGACAAAAUCAUCUGCUACUAUGCGAGCUGGGGCGCCAACAGGCCCGGAAACGGCAAAUUCACCCCCGAAGACAUCGAUGCCAACCUCUGCACCCAUGUCAAUUACGCCUUUCUGGGCCUUAACGACGACGGGAGUCUCCUAAUUUUGGACAACGCGACGGACAUCACCAACGGGGGUUUGCAAAAGGUGGCCGCUUUGAAGAAAACCAACCCGGCCCUGAAGGCCCUCUUCAGCCUUGGCGGGUACGCCGCCGGCACCGCCACCUUCACGGCCGUCGCCGCCGACGCCACCAAACGCGCCACGAUGGCCAAGAGCGCCUUGGAGUUCUUCGAAACGUACAACUUCGACGGACUUGACGUGGACUGGGAGUACCCUCUGGAAGGAGACCGCGCGAAUUUCAUCACUCUCUUGAGCGAUUUGAAGGAGGCGUUCAGACCUGGGGGCUAUCUCUUGACGGUGGCGGUGGCGGCCAUUCCGACCGACGCCGCCUACGACGUCCCGGCCAUGUCCAAUGUUUUAGACGUGAUUAACGUCAUGACUUAUGAUUUCCACGGGUCUUGGGCGGGGGUCACGGCCCAGAACUCGCCCCUUUAUGCCUCCCCACUGGACGGCGAGUGGCAGAGGGACAACUUGAACGCAAAUUCGUCCAUAACGCACUGGAUCCUGAGCGGUGCUGAUCCGCAGAAACUGGCCAUUGGGAUUGCAUUCUAUGGUCAUGCGUUCACUCUGGUUGACGCGAGUCAGCACGAUUUGGGGUCCCCGUCGAGUGGGCCGGCCCCACCUGGGGAUUUCACCGAAAAUAUGGGCACGCUGGGGUACAAUGAGUUGUGUGAGUUUCACAAAAACGGGAUAAUCGAAUGGGAUGAUACGCAGAAGGUUCCGUAUUUGUACGAUGAUACGCUGUGGGUUGGGUUUGAUAAUCCAAAGUCGGUGGCUUUGAAGGCUCAAUAUGCCAAGGAUAAUAAUUUGGCCGGUGUUAUGAUCUGGUCGAUUGAAACGGACGAUUUACAUGCCACUUGUGGGACCAAAAAUGCGCUAUUGCAUGCCGUCAAUGAUGCGAUGAAAGCAAAUUAGAAAAUGUUAAAUGAAAUAAAAAUAAACAGUUUAGUUUCAAACAGUA